AUGAAGCCUUCAAGAUCUCCUGCUUGCACAAUUGCAAACCCUUUAAUUGUUAAUAAUCAAAGAGUACCUAGACCAAACUCUACUAAAAAUGCAUUUGAUACUCGUUAAGUUAUUAGAUGUCUAUCAUCCAAUCAUGAGACUCAACCAGUGACUUAUGCAUAUUUUCCAACUUAACCAAGGUAUUUUAAUUUUAUUAUGUUAGAGCUUCAAGUCCAACUGCUAUUACAAGAGUUCCUCAUCAAGAAUAACAUUUUGUUCAAUAAUUUCAAAAUUUACCUAAUGAAAGUAUCCCCAUACAACAUAAAAAAACAACCAGUGUAGAAUAUAACCAUACUCAAUUAGAGCUAUAAUAAAAGUAUAUCUAAGAAAUUAAUUAAAAAAAUUAAGUUAUUCAUGAUUUAUAAGAAUAAGUGUCUCAAUUACAAAAUAAACUAUCACAAAAAUUACAUGACUAUACAAAUUUAAAAGAGAAAUUUGAAAUCGAAUUCAAAAAGUUUUAAGAGGAGAUCUAAAUCUAAAUCAAAGGAAUUGAUCUAAACAUUUAACUUAAUGAUUAUACAUCAUAUUUUAUGGAAGAAAUUGAUAGAAAAGUAAUCAAUCUAUAAAAUAAUCUAAAUACCUAAGUGGAUAAUAUGAAAACAGAUUUAGAAAAUAUAUUAAAAUAAAAUUAACAUUUAUCUAAAAAUAUUCUUACUAAUACCACAAUUAGAUUAAAUUAAGAUGAACAACAUUUUCGAUAAGAACUUUAAAUGUUAUAAAAUAAAUUAGAAUAAAAAGUUGAUCGAAAUAGAGCUGAAUAAAUUAUUACACAAUCAUUUAAUACAAUUUAAUAAUAAUAUCAAACCUAAUUAUAAUAAGCUCAUUAACUUAUUGAUAAAAUAAACUCAGAUAAAAGUGAUGAAAUCAAUAAAAUUAAAACAAUUAUUAAUAACUCCUUACUUUAGGUGAAUCAAUAAGCAUAAAGUUAAAUUGAAUCUAUGUUAGAAAUGAUUAAAGAAGGUUAUUAAACUUAAUAAACUUCGAAAUAGAAUUCUGAAUAACUUAAAUAACAAUACAAUUCUCUGGUUAAUAAAUUUUCAUAAAUAUAAUAGUAGUGUACUUACAAAGUUUAAGAAAAAGAUUAAAAAAUAAAAGCCCUUUCGAAAUAAAAUGAUGAAUUUAAAAAAGAAAUUGAAUAGUCUCAAUUAAUUAUUUAAAAAUAAUAAUAAGAGCUUUAUAAAAUAUCAUAAAGUAAUAAAAUUUUAAAGUCUCCUUGUGUUCAAUAAAUUCAAUCUCCUAAAAAUUUAAAAUCCAAUAGUUUUUACACAAAUUCAACUAGUGCUGGAUUAAAUUUUACAAAAAAUCGACCUUAAAGUGUGUCUAAAAAAUUGAAAAAAUAGCCAAACCUUCAUCAAUUUGAAAUCAGUUUAGAUGAUUUUGCUGAUUUUAAUGAGAACUCAAUUUUAGAUUCAAAUGAUAGUAUAGAAUUUUUAAAUGGAGAUGGAAAAUCAAGCCAAAUUGAAUCACCAAAAAACCCUUUUAAAUCUUCAUAAUUAAUAAAUAUUAAUAGAUUUUUGAAUGAAGAUUUUUUAAAGGCACCACAAUUUAGGAGUGAGAAAAAGAAAUAAUAAUCAGAAAACAUACCUCCUUUAUAUUAAGCUAUUAAACGAAGUAAAAAUAUCAUAAUAUAUAUAGGAUUACUUUAUUUAGGUAAAUAAUAAAAGACAUUACUUUGUACAUAUUAAGGAGAGUAAUUAUGUGAUGCUGAAAUGGGUAUGUAAUUAUUAGAUGAUAAUGGUAAGCCUUUUAUUAUUAGUGAAGCUGAAAAAAAUGAACUAAUAGCUAGAUAACUUAUAUCACUAAUUUGA